AUGUCCAUUGUGGUGGCGCGGCGCACGCGCGACGGCACUCCGCGCGUCGCUGCCACCGCGGCCGAUCGCGACCGCGAUAACUUGCAGUGCGUCUCGCAACGCAACUUCUAUCCCGUCGCGCGCUGCAGCCGCGCGAUGAGCGCGCGCACGUCGCCCGCGCGUCCAGCCCUGCACGCGCGCUACGUAGCGCCUAUGCUCAUGCUACCCCUUGUCCUUUCUUUAGUGCAAGCACAGUUAGAUCGCGCCGUAGCAAUUGACCGCUUGGAGAACGUUACGCACACCAUCUCACGAAUUCUUGAAGGCUACGACAUACGACUUCGUCCUAACUUUGGUGGCGAUCCGCUCUACGUCGGCAUGGAUUUAACCAUCGCAAGUUUCGAUGCCAUUUCUGAAGUCAAUAUGGAUUAUACAAUAACACUUUAUCUCAAUCAGUAUUGGAAAGAUGAACGGUUAGGAUUCGGUUUACCAGAUGAAGUCUUAACUUUAUCUGGAGAUUUCGCAGAUAAGAUUUGGGUACCGGAUACUUUUUUUGCCAAUGAUAAGAAUAGUUUUCUCCACGAUGUGACGGAACGCAACAAGCUGGUGCGUCUCGCGGGCGACGGGAGCGUAACGUACGGGAUGCGUUUCACCGCGACACUGGCCUGCAUGAUGGACCUCCACUAUUACCCUCUGGACAGCCAGAACUGCACCGUCGAGAUUGAAAGCUAUGGCUACACGGUGUCUGAUGUGGUAAUGUACUGGAAAGAAACACCGGUACGAGGCGUGGAGGAUGCUGAGCUCCCACAGUUUUCUAUUCUCGGUCAUGAAACUAACGAUAGAAAGGAGAAGUUGGCGACAGGCGUCUAUCAGCGGUUAUCUCUGAGUUUCAAACUUCGCAGAAACAUUGGAUAUUUCGUGUUUCAAACCUAUCUGCCUAGUAUUCUAAUUGUGAUGCUCUCUUGGGUUUCGUUUUGGAUCAACCACGAGGCAACUUCAGCGAGAGUUGCUUUAGGUAUCACAACUGUUCUAACAAUGACUACAAUAAGUACUGGUGUAAGAAGCAGCUUACCGCGCAUAUCCUAUGUGAAGGCGAUUGACAUCUACCUAGUGAUGUGUUUUGUUUUCGUCUUUGCGGCGCUACUGGAAUAUGCCGCAGUAAAUUACACGUACUGGGGCGCACGCGCAAGAAAACGAGCUAAGUUAAAAAAUCGCGAACAAGUCUCUACAAGCACUAGUGUGGAUAAGGAAUUGAAAUCUGGGACAGGUUCCCGAUCUCCUGAAGAGAUAAUAGCUCUCCGAGAAUUUACGACGAGUACUGGGCGCGUGUCUCCGUUGCCGAGUCUUCGGUCGAGGCCUCUGCCGCCCAGCACCGGGGCGCCGCCCUCGCUGCGCCUACAGAGGGACUACUCUAACCUGCGAUAUAGAACCCGGCCACAUUCUAGAAAUUCCAGGAACGGUGCUAAGCCGAAGGUGAUCCACGCGCUCAAACGAGGUGCCACUGUGAUCAAAGCCUCAAUGCCGAAGAUACGGGAUGUUAAUGUCAUCGACACAUACUCUCGAUCGUUGUUAGUAAUUGAAAUACGAAUAGCGCACAGUGUGUGGCGUGGGCGAGCCAUGCUGCAGCCUGUGAGGGUGAUAACUCGCGCGUACCCCGCGCAGGUUACU